AUGUCGAAUGAGGCUUGUUAUACCAUUAUCCACCAAGAUGACAAUUUGGACCAACCCUCUUUGCAAGAACUUAAAACUGCCUUGGAGAAAGGUUCAGAGGAGGCCAAAGUUGAGACAAUGAAAAAAUUAUUAGUGACAAUGUUAAAUGGCGAUCCUCUACCUCAAAUUUUGAUGCACGUCAUUCGCUUUGUGAUGCCCUCCAAAAACAAAGCAUUAAAAAAAUUACUACAUUUUUACUGGGAAAUUUGCCCUAAAACGAAUCCUGAUGGAAAAUUAAAGCAAGAAAUGAUAUUAGUAUGUAACGCGUUGAGAAAUGAUCUACAACAUCCUAACGAAUAUAUAAGAGGUGCAACUCUCCGAUUCCUUUGCAAAUUACGCGAACCAGAAUUACUUGAACCAUUGUUACCCUCAUGUCGUUCUUGUUUGGAAGCCGAUCAAACUUGCAAACGAAAUGCUUUCGUUAUGCUUUGCAAUACCAGCCAGUCACGUGCGGUGGAAUAUCUUAACGAUGUUUUCGAUCAAGUUCCCAAUUUUGAUGAACUUUUACAAUUAUCAAUAAUCGAAUUAAUUAGAAAGGAUUGCAGAAAUAACAGUACAAACAAGGGAAAAUAUAUUAGGUGUAUUUUUGAUUUAUUGAAUGCAGCAUCAUCUUCAGUCAAAUAUGAAGCAGCAACUUCAUUAAUGGCUCUUACUCAUGCAGUUCCAGCUGUCAAAGCUGCUGCAUCUUGUUAUAUCGAUUUAAUUAUCAAAGAAUCCGAUAACAAUAUAAAAUUAAUAGUUUUGGAUCGUUUGGAUGAGUUACGUGAAAAACAUGAGUCAACUUUGGAUGAAUUAGUGCUUGACAUAUUACGCGUUUUAAAUAGGCAAGUUAUUAUUCCGGACAUUGAAGUCAGACGUAAAGCAUUACGGAUUGCAUUGGAAUUAGUUUCAAGUCGAAAUGUUCAAGAAGUAGUGGUUUUUUUGAAAAAAGAACUAAGUAAGACGCUCGAUCAGGAUUAUGAAAAGAAUAAUGAAUAUAGGCAACUGUUAAUUCAAUCAAUUCACAGUUGUGCUAUCAAAUUUUCUGAGGUCGCUGCAAACGUUGUCCACGUGUUGAUGGAAUUUCUAGGUGACUCUAAUAAUCCUGCUGCUGUUGAUGUAAUUGCAUUUGUUCGAGAAGUAGUUGAGAAAUUCCCAAAUUUGCGAUCAUCCAUAACCGAAAAAUUGCUUGAAACAUUUAUGGAUGUUAAAUCCGGAAAAGUUUUUCGAGGAGCAUUAUGGAUUGUUGGGGAAUAUUGUGCUGAACAUAUUGAAGAGGCCUGGGAAAAAAUAAGAGCAGGUCUUGGUGAAAUUCCUAUUUUAGCAUCAGAACAGUUGGUUAUGCGUUAUGCGGAAGUAUCUAAUGAUCCGAAAAAAACAAAUUCUCUUAAAGCCGAAGCAAUGCUUAUAAUGUCUAGCGUUAUUCGUGUUGGACAAUCGCAAUUCGUGACGACACCUAUAGAUGAAGAUUCCUAUGAUCGAAUCAUGUCAUGUCUACAUGUUUUAGAACGACUUUCAUUAGACAAUUCUAUAAAAAAAGUUUUUUUGCAAGAUACCAAGGCAGCAUAUUCACGAAUUAAACGUACCGCAGCCAAGAAAGCUAAGGACAAAUCAUCUGUAUCAGUACAAAUCGAUGAUCUUAUAUCUUUUAGACAAUUUUCAAAACGUAAUGUUGGGGACGAAGCUGACGAGUAUGAAUUGGAUCUGACUCGUGCUACUGGACAAAGCGAUCCUCGGGAUGAUUUAAUCUCGAAACUUAGUCGAGUAGUACAAUUAACCGGAUUUUCGGAUCCCGUUUAUGCGGAGGCAUAUGUUAAUAAUCUAUCCAUAGAAUUUGCGACUCUAGGAGAUUUGAAACUUGUCGAAAGACCAACACAACAUAAUUUGGCACCACGCAGUUUUCAUAGUGUUAAGGCUACCAUAAAGGUCUCCUCCACUGAAACGGGAGUUAUCUUUGGUAACAUUGUUUAUGAUGGACCUGGUACCUCGGAGAGUAAUUGUGUAGUGCUUAACGAUAUUCACAUUGAUAUUAUGGAUUAUAUUAAUCCCGCAUAUUGUAAUGAAACACAGAAUAAAGUCAACGUUAAUACCAACAUAACUGAUUUACGAUUUUAUUUAACUCACAUAAUGAAAUCCACAAAUAUGAGUUGUUUAACUCCAGAAAAUGCAUUGUCAGGAAACUGUGGAUUUUUAUCUGCCAAUAUGUAUGCUCGUAGCAUAUUUGAAGAUGCUUUAGCUAAUCUAAGUAUAGAAAAACAAACUGAUGGUGCAAUUACUGGACAUGUGAGAAUUAGAAGUAAGACACAAGGAAUAGCAUUAAGUCUUGGAGAUAAAAUUACAUUGGCACAAAAAACUGUAGUUUAA